AAACCCGACGAUACCGAUCGGUCGUUUCAAGCGAGUAUUCCGCCUUGUUCGUGGAGGAAAGUGAAAAUUUUCCUCUUUUCCAGUCGUAAGUCAUCCUUCGAGCGCUUCAGCACUGUUUGGUGCGCCCAGUAGUAGUACGGUGUUCGGGGGCCUCUGAUUCCUCCAGUGGCCAUUGGCUGCAUUGGACAUUGGUGGUGCUGGUAGUGGUAACGAUGCUGGUGGCGGUGAGGCAUUCGUUCGAAUUUCUUCAAAUGCACAGUGCAAACGGCAGCUCGGUGAAAGCGUGUGUUUAGUGUCACCAAAAAAGACAUUUCGGUUCUUGUAUUAGCACGUCCACGUCCGAAGGUAACAUUGAUUAGUGAAGCGAAGCAGCGCAGAAGAUGGGACUCCAUUAGUUGCCCCACAGGAGGGUUGCUUUCCCAUCAAACAGUUCGGUUGCGUGCGUGAGUGUAUGAGUGUGAGGGUAAUUUGUGUUUUCGUGUAUGUUGGGACCUUUGUCCCCCCCAUUCCGGAAUUCAUUAGCGUACGGCACCUGUUCGUGAAGUGAGUCGGCGACACAGAGGAAAAGGUUCUCGAACCAGCACUUUAUCGAAUGGCUGCCUCGUCAUGAUUAGCAUGGACUAGGAGCGCAGCGGGACCGGGUACAGACAGCGUAGCUCAUCAGCAAGCCCUCGGUAAAUAAUGAAUUUCUGAGGGCCACAUCGGACUACAUCGUCGCCGCAUCGAGCGUACCCGGCGUUCGCCCGGAGCAGCUCGCAGCUACCGACGCGGGUGUAUUCGCAGCAAGCCGAGACAACUUCUCGCGUACCGAGGACGCUUUAACGGCGGUCAACGAGGGGGCUGAAACACGGUGCCUGGCACAAUGACGUUUUCUCAUUGCUACUGCCACCGGCCCAACUGGCUGGCUGUGACGAGCAGAGGCGAAAGAGAACAAACCUGAACAAACAAACCCGUACGCCGUAACGCCGGUGGUGCAGACGUCGGUGAGCGCGGACGGUUACCAGCGCUCGGGACGGGAAGACAUUGACGGCAUACUGCGUGACAGCAUGUGACGGUAGACCAAACAAUGCACUGCUUUGUGGGAAUCGAAUCGCGAUCGAAAAACGUGCUCAAUAUUAUGACAAUCGAAGACGGCGAAGACAAACGGGCAAUGCGAUAAAGUGGCCGAAUUGAAUGUGUCUUUACAUCCGAUCCUGUCACAGUGCGCUUUGUGCGCGGGAAGUGGUUGUGGUGUUGAAGGACGGCGUGAAGAUGACAAUAUCGGUGGCAUUUCGGAAAGCAUCCACCAGACAGCCAUCAAACAUUUAGCGAAAAAACGGGCGACCGGAUUGCCGGCAGUCAGUGCGAUGUGUGAAUUCCGUAGCUCGCUAGAGUCGACAAUCGCGAGUCGGUGUGGAUGAAUUGCUAACUAAUAUUACUAAAGUGUGUGUGUGCAAAAGGGUGUGCAGGGAAAGCUAUCCUAGUGCUGAGUGAGUGGUGAGAAAUCGAACCCUUUCGUAACAUCGGUGCAUCAAUGCUAAGCCCCAAAAUGCAACGUUCCGUGCGGGUAAACGAGAACCAGCUGAUUAUGCUGUCCGAUCGGGCACAGUAUGAUCACUCAAUGCACGGAAAUCUACACAAACGCACAUCCGAUAACAACAAAUGGCAGAUGCGCUGGUUUGUGCUCUAUCAGAAUUUACUCUUCUACUACGAAUCCGAACAAUCGUCCCGACCCUCCGGGCUAAUCUUCCUGGAGGGUUGCUACUGCGAGCGGCUUGUUUCAGCCCCCUCGAUAUCAGGACCCCCCAUAUCAACCAGCACCGGUCAAGCGCCGAAAAUUAUUAAGGAAGAAAAAUUGCAGCAUUGCUUCACUAUUUGCUACCGGCGAGAAAAUCAAAGACAGUACGAACUGCGUGCGGCCACGGAAUCAGAGUGCUCAGCCUGGAUCAUUGCCAUACGCGAGGCAAGCUUCAACAAGCUGCUGCUCCAGAAGGAGGAACUCGAGCAGAAGCAUGUCCAUCUGUUGCAAGUGGUCGAAAGCGAGAAAACGGCCAAAUGGCAGUACACUCAACAGUGCGAGGAGCUGGCUUCGGAAAUACGAAAGCUUCGUGCGGAGAUUUGUGUGCUUAGAAAGGAGACCCGCUCGAGCUAUUCGGCCACACCCGUCGGGCGGGGCAGCUUCAGUGUGCCCGGCGACUCGCAGGACGAUCACGGUUCAUUGCCGGGUCUGUGUGCCUCGGUCCAGGAUUCGAUUGAGCUGCGCAAGAUAAAGAAGGUGCAGAGCUUCUUCCGCGGCUGGCUAUGCAGACGGCGCUGGAAGCAGAUCGUGGAAGAGUACAUUCGGUCACCGCACGCGGAAAGUAUGCGCAAGCGGAACCAUCUCGUGUUCAGCAUGGUCGAGGCGGAGGAGGAAUAUCUCGAGCAGCUCGAAGUGCUCGUGGCCUGCUUUCUGCGCCCGUUCAAGAUGGCCGCCAGCUCCAAGCGGCCGCCCUGCUCGCACGAGGACGUCAACUCGAUCUUUCUCAACUCCGAGACGGUACUGUUCCUGCACCAGAUAUUCCUGAAGGGAUUGACCUCACGACUGGAGUCCUGGCCAACGUUAGUGCUUGGCGAUCUGUUCGACAUGCUGCUACCCAUGCUGAGCAUCUACCAGGAGUAUGUUCGCAACCACCAUUACAGUCUACAGGUGCUGACCGAGUGCAAGAGCAACACCAACUUUGCCACGGUGCUGAAGCGCCUGGAAGCCAAACCAUCAUGCCAGGGACGGAGCCUCGAAACAUUUCUGACCUACCCCAUGCAUCAGAUACCGCGAUACAUCAUCACACUGCACGAGCUUUUGGCGCACACGCCCCACGAUCACGUUGAGCGGAAGAGUUUGCAAAAUGCACGCCAGCAGCUCGAAGAUCUGUCGCGCCAAAUGCAUGACGAAGUCUCAGAAACGGAAAACCUCCGCAAGAACCUUGCGGUCGAGCGAAUGAUAGUGGAAGGUUGCGACAUUUUACUCGACGUCAAUCAGGUGUUUGUACGGCAAGGAAGCUUGGUGCAAGUACCGCCCGGUCGAGGACGAAUACGCAGCCGUCUUGCGUCCUUCAAAAGUGAGCGUGAUGCCGUUCGGCAAUGUUUCCUUUUCUCGAACCAUAUGAUUAUAGCAACAAGAACAUCGGGAGGCCGCUUACAUCUUCUACCGGAUGUUGGAAAAAUUCCCUUAGCCGAUGCGACACUCGUCGAAGAUCCGAGUGAAGUACAGCACGACGAUGAGGAUGCAUCCGUUUGUUCCGCAUCGACCCGAGGCAGUACGCUUAGCGUGACAGAGUCGGUCAAUGCAGGCAACAGAGAUUUCAAGAUAUUCGUCGAAUCGAAAUCCGGAGCCCGUCAUGGAAUCCAUCUGGUGGCACCCACUAUACAAGACAAAGAAGCGUGGAUAAGCGAUAUUUCACAGUGUUUAGAUAACAUUCACAUGCACUCGUUGCUGUCGCCGGGAAUCGGGGGAUCGUCAGGAGCAUCUCUUCUUGCAGGCCAUCAAGCGCUACGAGCCGAUCCUCGGCUAUUUAAAGAUGAUGUCGAUAUCCGGUUCUCAAGAACAUUGAACUCGUGCAAGUUGCCACAGGUGCGCUACGCCACGCCUGAGCGUUUGCUUCAACGUCUUACAGAUUUGAGGUUCUUGUCAAUUGACUUUUUGAAUACCUUCCUGCUAACGUACCGCGUGUUUACCGAUGGCGAAACGGUACUAAAUGCAUUGAAAAGCGUAUUCUACGAUCCCCCCGUGGAGCCAUCCUGCGAUUGCGAGCAUCAGACAGAUUUCCUGGAGCUGCCAUAUCAAGACGGACGUGCAUCACCACGUCGUACAUCGGGUGCGAGCUCCGUUUCAGGUUACUGCUCGGAAGGAGCUGACCGGGAUCGUUCAAUGAGCGGUGACUCAACAGGUCUACGCUUUCGAGGCUCUCGAAGGGGUUAUCAAAAUCACCAAAGCUCGGAACAGGAAACUCUCUCCUGGAUACCGGAGCAGGUGGGUCCAGUAAUAAUCCACAGCACGCAUCAUCUGAACGAGAAGGUCGUUGAGGAAAAGCCAAUCGAACCGGCGAGCGGAACGGCCCAUUUGCAGAGUAAAUCACAGCAUCAGCUUCACCAGCAGCCACAGGACGAUUCUUACCUGGUAAUACCAAAAACGAUGCCCGGUUCGAGUAGCUCCGAUACUUUAACAGAAACGGCUAUGAGUGGUCCAUCCUCCCCGUCCAAUCUAAGCAGCGUUACACUGGUAGGAUCAACCGGUUCCGGAGGGCAGGAUAAAUCAGACGAUACACCAACAGAGGGAACAUUUAAGUACGGUAAAGCCCCCACCAGCCCAUUGCCCGAGCGUGUUAAUCCGAAGGCACACAAAAUCCUGACCCAUGCCACCGCAACACCUCCGACGCCCACCAUCUGUACUACGGAUACAAGCCAAACGGAGGACGAAUCCGGCCAGACAUCAAGAACGCCGGACAAACAACAGCCAGCUUCGCAGGAUCACCAGCAACAGCAGCAACAGCAGCAUCAUUCGCCACAACAUCAGCAGCAACAAAUUAAAACACCUCCAACACCCCCGACCGUAACAACCACUCCAUGUUACAGCCCUUCCAACGGCCAGCCCCCGAAUGGGGCUUCUCCACUGCACCAGCAGUUACAGCAGCAGCAAUCACUUCCGUUAAAAUCGGAACAAGCCACCAUCGUACAGGGACGGCUCGAGAUUGGAGGUCCGAAAAUCGUAACUCAACCUUAUCUGACGACCACGACUACAACGACGGUUACGAUAACGACGACGACAACGGCCACGUCCACAAAAAGCAUUUCGCCGCCUCAUCUGCUACCGAUGGACCGACGACCGAGCGUUGGCCACAACAUUGCCAUACCGCAUGCGGCCCUCUGUCAACAUCGGCACAGCCUGCAGCUAAACGGGGACGGCAGUCUCUUCAACAAGAGCGAAAAGACCAGCAGCAGUCCACGAUUGACCACCAGAAAAUUUUCCGCCCCAAAGACACCGGAACGACAGCGCAAGAGUCUGUUUGGAACGCCCCAGAGAGAUCGUGAUUCAUCCAGCACGCGCCGAUUUUCCGAAAGUGACGAUGACAUGGCCACGUCGAUCUUCACCACACCACGUGGAUCGCUUGGUGGUGUAUCGCUGAACACCAUUUCGUCCCGAGCUUCCAUGCAGCACGAUCAUGUUCCUCACUGCUCCAGCAAAGUAGGCGUAGUAAUCACUUCCUACCGCCAGUCGCAACGCAGCAUGGGACCGGACCCGCUUUGGAGUAGCACAUCGACGGCAGCGGCGGCAUUCGCGAUCGCUACCUCAGCUUCCAGCAAUCCCCGGGAUGAGCCCCCCGAGGUGGAAGCUAGGAACCGAAAGGAGUCCGUCGUCAGCUCGCCGGCCACGAUGCGAGUGCUGAACGUGCUGCGACACUGGGUGUCGAAGCACUUCCAGGACUUCGAGCAGGAUGCAGCUCUGCGCAGUCAGACGAUAGCCUUCCUGGACGACAUCACCUGCAGUCCAAACCUAUUGCCCACUGAGCACCGAGCUGCAUCGCAACUGCUGCGGCUACUCUGCCGUGACGAUAUUGAUAGCGGGAAACAACAGCUCGAGAUUCUUCUUACGCCACCACAGACACCGAGCAAGGAAAGCAUCGAGACACUGUCAGCGCUUGAGAUCGCGGAGCAGAUGACCUAUUUGGAUCACCAGAUAUUCUUGGCCAUUCGUAGCGAAGAGUUCCUUGGUCAGGCUUGGAUGAAAUCGGACAAAAAGUCGCGUGCAGAACAUAUCAUUCUUAUGACGAAACGUUUCAACGACGGCUCACGGUUAGUUUGUUCGGAAAUAGUGUCAAGGAGCAAUAUGGCGGCGCGGGUAGCGGCCAUUGAGAAGUGGACAGCCGUGGCGGACAUUUGUCGUUGCUUGCACAACUUCAACGGGGUGCUGCAAAUCUGUGCUGCAUUCACGAAUGCGGCUGUGUACCGACUGAAGAAGACGUGGGACAAAGUACCUAGAACAAUCAAAUCGACAAUCACUAAACUGCAGGCCGUGGUAUGCUCGGAUGGAAGGUUUCGUGUGAUGCGCGAGGCCCUGCACCGGUGCGAUCCGCCCUGCAUUCCGUACCUGGGCAUGUAUCUAACCGACCUGUCCUUCAUCGAGGAGGGCACGCCGGACUUUACACCGGAUGGAUUGCUGAACUUCUCCAAAAUGCGUAUGAUUGCCCACGUGAUACGUGAGAUACGCCACUUCCAACAGACGCCGUACAAAAUUGAUCACAUACCGAAAGUUACAUCCUACCUCCUGGAUACAUCGUUGCUGCUGGACGACGACGAAUUGUACCACAAAUCAUUGCAGAUCGAACCGAGAAGUUCGCGUCUCAGUGCACCGAACACGGCCAACGUUUAAAUCCUAUGGAUGGAGCCGAUGGAGCCCCACAUAAAUCCCCGUCCGGCGGUUCCGGGAAAUCGCUGCUUAGGCGUAUUUUUCUCCGCUUCCAUCACGUACACUUUACGCUCAAUUUACGCACUCAUUUUCCUGCCGGUCUUUGAGCCAAUUCUUAUGAACGUAGCGACGAACGAGUAGUCUCUGCAGGAUGACGGCGAAUUAUCUAUUUCUGUGACGGAUGCACGUGCAGCUUGUGGCUUCGGGACAAUUCCACACCGUCCAGCGAUCCCUCGCAGUAGUUCGGAGAGAGUCACUAUUAACAGGACGCAGGCUGUGCUGUCUGGGGGGAACGGAUCGGACCCGCCAGGUGGCGCCUAACAGGUAUCGUAAUUUAUAUCUUCAAUUGGCGCCUAGAAAAGCUGCCGAGGGAAACUUGUUAGAUAAUAUUCAAGCACAGAGUAAUCUCGAUCUAGCAUCGUUCGAAGUCAACAAGCAAGCUGGUACGAAAUGGAGGAAACGAGUCAUCCAGUUAUACAGAAGAGCUUUUGUCUUAUGAUAGGCGCGUGGGAGAAAUGGUUUGUUCUGCUGUCCUAUGCUAGAAAACGCGAGAACAAAACAAAACUUUCAACAGAAUCGAAGUGUACAAGGUUUGGUUUGCGCAUACGAAUGGCAAAAUGCCACAACCGAUACGCAAUAGGAAGGGGUGUCGGGAUGAAGAGUAUAUAUUUAUUGCGGAAUUGACAAAUCGAACAACCUUUAGAGAAGGAUGCGAGGUGCAACGAUAGCUUAGCAAGAUACUAGGUCCAUUUUACAGGACUGUAAUACCCCGAAACAUAACAAAUUAUGACAGUUAUGGAACGACGACCGUUCAUUUAUUGCCCGCAAUCGCGUAUUACGCCCUCGAUUUAAAGUUUAUCGAAGCAAAGUAACAACACUUACAUACAGUCAAAUACUAAACGACGCGCAUAGUUUUACAUUACGAAAACACACACAUUUGUCUGCCUUUAUAUUCAAAAAUCCAUUUUACCCCGAUCUCUUUGCUAGCAGUUAGAAGAGGAGGCAUUAUGACACGCGGUGCAAAAUGAAAGAUUCGCGUAUUUUUUCCAGUCUCUUGAAGCUAAAAACGCAUAAACAUGUAGCAAAAA